AUGUCUAUCGCGUCGAAAUAUGUACUUCUGCCUCUGCUCGUGAAUGCGGUCAUCCCUGUUCUGGGACAAGGUUUAGGGGCUUCGGCCCUUGCCGAGAGUGAUGAAGUCCUACCUAGGCCUCUAGAUACCAGAAGCCGCGGAAUUUUCGGUUUAAGGGCUUCGGCCCUUGCCGAGAGUGAUGAAGUCCUAUCUAGGCCUCUAGCUACCAGAAGCCGCGGAAUUUUCGGUUUAAGGACUUCGGCCCUUGCCGAGAGUGAUGAAGUCCUACCUAGGCCUCUAGAUACCAGAAGCCGCGGAAUUUUCGGUUUAAGGGCUUCGGCCCUUGCCGAGAGUGAUGAAGUCCUAUCUAGGCCUCUAGCUACCAGAAGCCGCGGAAUUUUCGGUUUAAGGACUUCGGCCCUUGCCGAGAGUGAUGAAGUCCUACCUAGGCCUCUAGAUACCAGAAGCCGCGGAAUUUUCGGUUUAAGGGCUUCGGCCCUUGCCGAGAGUGAUGAAGUCCUACCUAGGCCUCUAGCUACCAGAAGCCGCGGAAUUUUCGGUUUAAGGACUUCGGCCCUUGCCGAGAGUGAUGAAGUCCUACCUAGGCCUCUAGCUACCACAAUCGGCGGAAUUCCCCUUGUAGGAAAGAGCCGACGCUACCAACCUGUGCUCUCCGACGACGAUGAGGAUACGUUUGGUCCCCAGGGUGUCGAUGUCGGAUCGUCUCUUUCUUUGUAG